AUGCUUGAGGUAAAGGAGAAUAUAGAGCUGUCAAUUCAGGAAGAAAGUGAGUUUAACCAACAUUUCUCUUCUCUUUUACCUUAAAAGAUGCUGCAGUUCAUUUUCAUUUUUCGUCACUUAGGGGAGAAAGGAGAAUAAUAAUUUGCUGUUACAGCAACUUCUGUUCGCCUUUGAAACCUUGCUUAAUCAUCAAGACCUUCUCGCCAUGCGACUGAGAAUGAGUAUUGACCCAUUGUUAUCAUUAUUUUUCAUCAUAUUUGAUUCAAAUUUCUUUUAUCGGGUAUUACUACUCUAAAGCCCAGUGUUUCGGCGGCCAGCAAAGCUGUACAUCUCUUACAACCUCAAACUCCUGGGAAAUCAAAGGACUGGAAUAAAUAAAAGUUAUUACAGGGAAGAAAUUCUUUAGCCACACUGCUGAAAAAUGACUAAUUUGUACCACAGUGGCUGACUUCAGUAUUACCAAAAGUUUUUUUAAAAAGCCAUAGACUGGGAAAUUAAUGUAUAGGUAUACACAAAUAAUUUGUGUCCCGCCUUCCUUUUGAAGCUAUGCACUCCCAUCUCGUCCAUCUCAGAGAGCGACUACGAACUGUUCUUGUGUCCAUGAAAGUUUUAAUUCCGUAUUUUUUCUUUUACCUUUUUCUUAAAUCAGGUGUUGUUGCUCUGAAGCCCCAGAUCUCGGUGGUCGAUAAGGCUGUUGUUGCACGAAAAGGUUCCACAGUAAAUUUGACAUGCUCUGCCAGGAGGGUUAGAAAACUUACAACCUCAAGCUCUUGGAAAUUCAACGGACCAGAAAUAAAGAAAAGAAACAACAAAAUAAUAAUACCAAAGCCACACUCUCAGACAAAUAAAAGUAAAGGAAACUUUACCUUAACCAUCAAGAAUGUUUCGGACACAGAUGUUGGUACAUACACCUGCAAAGUCUCCAAAAUACACCUUGACACGAUGCUUGAGGUAAAGAAAAAUAUAGAGCUGUCGAUUCAGGAUGAA